CUCAUUUCAGGAGAUGCGUUUUACAUACGUGCAUAUGCAUUUACGAUCUUUUAGUCAGAUUUAAUUUUUAGGAGUGAAAAACCGGAAAGAAAUAUGAUUACUUCAAGGUGUAGUUUUUCACGAAUUUUUUGAAACGUUAAAAAUUUUGAGAAUAAUAUGUUGACAAAUUUGCAAAAUUAAAUCAUGUGCAAAUCGGUCAAAGGUGCGGCUUAUUUUGGAUCAAGUGUUCAUAUUGUUGCCGCGUUCGUAUUUUUGGUUUGGUUUUUAUUUGACACUGUGAUAACUGAGGUUCACAUAAAUCUGUGGAAAUGUCUUCCCUCCGGAGAUGACCCUCCACGGAAGUACAACGAGUUAGUGCAUUAUCUCAACUUGCCGUUUAAAUUUUUGUACUACACAUGCCUCUGUGUGACCGGAGUGUACAUUUUUAGAGGUGUUGAACGCAACGCACCUCGCGUCAUAAAAUUUGCCCUCUUGGUCUUCGUCAUCGUGCAAGUCAUCAGUUUAGCCCUUUUCAUUACAAUCAGUCUCAACUAUUGGGACGAUGAGAAUCACAGUAACGGCGAAAGACUUCCCGUCGCCGCGAGUCGACUGGUCGAUCCGAGAUCAAUCCCAAUCCAGUCCUCCUCCUCAGACCCCGACCAGCUCUACGAAGUGGUCGGCAGUGACGAGGACAGUGGUGAAAGUUACUCCAUAAACAUUGAAGUAUUCAGCCAUCCCCCGGAAGUGCAUCACAGUGGUACCUUGGACAUUGUCACGCAACGUCCAAGAGUCCAACCUGUCAAUUUUAAUAGUAAUAAUCUUAACAAUGGUGACGAAAUUGGUGGUGGUGGUGGUGGUGACGACGUUUCAAAAAGCUCGGGAUCUGGACCGGAGAAUUUAAUAAUUCGGACAGCAACCAACUCCACCGAAGUGACGACGACGACGGAAUCGCCCAUCGGCUUUGAUGUCAUCACAGCCACCACCACAGGUCGAGACUACUCAUCGUCAUCCUCCUCGAACGGUGACGACGGCGUUGUCCGCAUUGUGCAUGACGACGGUCGAGAAUUCCUAACGUAUCCCUCGGCCCCACAAAGUAUGCUGUUGGAGCCUGAAUCUGAUCCUACCAGUCCGACCUUCGGGGAUGAAUUCACCGCAGUACUGGAACCUCCCACUCUGCUCCCUCCAAUCACGACGCCAAUGCCACGCCCGGCCGAUCCCGUUGAGCCGGACGUCGUCCUGGUGAAAGUUGUGCGGGGAGGAAAAGUCGCAGAGAGAAAGUUGUCGCAUGAGCAACUGGUCACGCUCGUGUUUCAAGUUCUGCUCGUGGGUUUUAACGCUGUGGGAAGUGUUCUCUACGUCGGAGUACUAAUCGUCCAUUUGACCACGCUUUGAUGAAAUGAUAUGCAAAUUAGCACACUACUUAUUCCUGGGGAUACGUAUUUAUGUAUUUAUGAAUGUGGAAAUAAUUGAAAUAAAGCAGUUUCAUAAGAGAGAAAAA